AUGGACAAAUCAUGGAUAGAUUUAGCAGAUAGACAUUCUCUAGCAUAUUAUGAUGCAAUAGAUCAAUUUUUGACUUUUGCAUACAUCAAUAGGGAUCUGGGUUCAAGGAUUUAUUGUCCUUGCAGAAAGUGCGAAAAUCGUUAUCUCUAUGUAAGAUUAGUUGUGCGGCAGCAUCUUCGUGAUUAUGGUUUCUUUAAGAAGUAUAGGAAAUGGGAUAAACAUGGUGAGCCUAAUCAUUAUGUUCAUCCAGUGGAUGGAAAUCAAAAUGGUAUUGGGUUAGAUUGUUAUAUGGAGGAUGAUAUGGUCAGACUUGUCCAAGAAGCUUUAGGAGCUCCUAAUGUAGGAACACAUGAUCAGACUAGUGAAGAAAACUCAACUAAUCCUAAUGUAGGGGCAAACGAACCUACCAAGAAGUUCUUGAAACUUCUUGAGGAUGCAAACCUUCCAUUGUAUCCGGGUUCUAAGAGACACACAGCUUUGUCAUAUACAGUUCGUCUUUUGCAAGCGAAGGUGCUCCAUGGAUGGACAGAUAAAUCCUUCAAAACUUUACUUGAGAUAGCAAAAGAAUCUAUGCCUGAAGGUGUGCAACUUCCCAAGUCAUAUUAUGAAGCCCAGAAGUUAACAGAAGAUCUCGGAUUCACUUAUGAAACAGUAGAUGCAUGUCCUAACAGUUGUAUGUUGUUUAGAAAUGAAGACAUAAAUUUGGAUGAAUGCAGAAUAUGCAAGACAUCUCGAUGGAAAGAUAACAAUGGUAGUUCAAAUGAUGUUGCAGCACUUGGGAAACGAAAAGCAGCAAAACAAGCAAGAUAUUUUCCUUUAAAACCAAGGUUACAAAGGUUGUUUAUGUCUUCAAAAAUAGCAAAGCUUAUGAGAUGGCAUGGAGAGGAAAGAACCGAUGAUGGUGUGUUUAGGCAUCCUGCAGACUCUCUUGCAUGGAAAGAUUUUGACCAAAAACACACAAAUUUUUCGGGAGACAUUCGCAAUGUAAGGCUUGGGUUAGCAUCUGAUGGAUUCAACCCAUUUAGGUCUAUGAAUAUAGUUCAUAGUACCUGGCCUAUCAUAUUGGUUCCCUACAAUUUACCACCUAUGAUGUGCAUGAAGCAGCCCUUUAUAUUUUUAUCUGUUCUUAUUGAUGGUCCUAAGGCACCCGGUGAUAAAAUUGAUGUCUACAUGCAGCCACUCAUUGAAGAAUUGAAGGAACUAUAUGAAGAUGGUGUAGAAACAUUUGAUGCAUUCAGCAAUGAAAUGUUUAAAAUGCAUGCUGCAUUGUUGUGGACGAUUAAUGACUUUCCUGCCUAUGCUAACUUGUCGGGGUGGAGUACAAAAGGUGAAUUUGCUUGCCCAUCAUGCAACUCUGAAAGUGGUUACCAGCGGUUGAAGUUUGGUAAAAAAGCUUCAUACAUGACUCAUCGGCGGUGGUUACCCUAUGAUCACAAGUAUCGAGCAGAUUCAAGGUCAUUUAAUGGCAAUACAGAAUAUAGAAGGAAGCCUAAAACUUUAUCUGGCGCAGAUCUUCUUGCACAAUUGGAAUCAAAUGGUGUUCUUACAGAGUACAAGCGGGAAGAUCUAGAGCGAAGGAAGGUGCUUGGGGUGCAAAAACCUGAUAAUGAUCCUUUGAUGAAAAAGAAGCAUAAUUGGAAGAAGAAAAGUAUAUUUUAUGAGCUUCCAUAUUGGAAAGACAACCUGAUACGUCACAACCUUGACGUGAUGCAUAUAGAAAAGAACAUUUGUGAUAAUGUUCUUUUCUCAAUAUUAGGAGUUGCUGGAAAGUCUAAGGACAAUUUGAAUUCUCGUCGUGAUCUGGAACUUAUGGGAAUUAGGGAGCAGUAUCAUCUAAAGAGGAGAGAGUCCGGUACAGAGUAUGCUGAUCCUGCUGAGUUUGAGAUGAACAAUAAGGGGAAAGAUAUGUUCUUUUCAGCCUUAUCAGGAUCACGAAUGCCAGAUGGAGCUGCUUCCAAUAUUGCACGUCGAGUACGUUUACAUGAUCGUAGUAUUGGAGGUCUUAAGAGCCACGAUAACCAUAUUCUAUUGCAGCAACUUAUUCCUUUAUUUAUAAGAAGUUCUUUACCAGAGAAUGUGGUUCAGGCCUUGAUUGAUCUGGGUAGUUUUUUUAAACAGUUAUGCUCAAUGGAUAAUUGUGCAGCAGAUCUAGAAAAGGCUCGUGCUCGUAUAGUGCUGACACUUUGUGAACUUGAGAAGAUAUUUCCGCCAUCAUUCUUUGAUAUAAUGGAGCAUUUACCAAUUCAUUUAGCUGAUGAAGCAUUAAUUGCUGGUGCUGUAAUUUUUCGGUGGAUGUACCCUAUUGAGAGGUAUCUACUGACCUUGAAGGAAUAUGUGCGGAAUCGGGCUUGUCCUGAAGCAUCAAUGGCUAAAGGUUAUUUGAUGGAAGAGUGCAUGAACUUCUGUACUCAGUAUCUCAAUGAUGUGGAAAGCAAGUUUAAUAGACCAGCAAGGAAAAAAAAUGAUGACGAUAUAAACAAGGGAAAAGACUUUGUACUUGAGGAAAUUACUCGAACACAAGCUCAUCGAUGGAUCUUAUUCCAUACAGAAGCAGUCACACCAUUUCUCAAUGAACAUCUUAUUACUAUUCGACGACAAUUUCCUGCUGCAAAUGAACACUAUGUUCAGAGAGUUCAUUUUCGGGAAUUUGCAAACUGGUUUAAGGAGCAUGUUAUCAAUUUGCAAAGAACAAGUUCUGUAUUGUUAAGUGAAGAAGUUAUUGCUUUGUCUAAUUCUCCUAGUCCAUCAGCAAAGAGAUUGACUUCUUACAAUGCGAAUGGGUUUUUCUUUCGAGUGAAAAGUCUUGAUAAUCAUCGCUCAACACAGAAUAGUGGUGUAACUUUACAAGCAGACAAGAAUCUUUCUAUUGACUCUUCACCAUACUAUGGGAGAUUGACAGAUAUUAUCAAAAUCUCUUAUGGUAUUGAUAUCAAAUAUGUUUUGUUUAAGUGUGAUUGGGUUAAUCCUGCUACAGGUAUAAAGUUAGACCAUUUUAACUUUCCUUUAGUUAACUUCAAGCGUUUGUUGUACAAAAAUGAUUGCAUAGGGGAUGAACCCUUCAUAUUGGCAUCUCAAGCUCAUCAAGUUUGGUAUGCUCUAGAUCCUUCAGGGCAAGAAUGGCUGAAUGUUGUUGACAUGCCUUCAAGAGACUUAUCCCUUGUGCAAACUAACAAUACUGAAGAAGCUGGUAUUUCAAGCGAGUCAAUGGAUGUUGAAAUGGAUGAUUGA